AUGGCUUCUCGCGAGUCAAAAGCUGGCGUGCAGAUAAAUGCUGCAAAGGCGGGAGAGACAUCCACUCCUCUGGAUGAAUAUGUCACACCUGGGGGCUAUGAGCUGGAGAAAAUCCUUAACCGUGGGAGUGUGGCCUACACUCACGUCAACGAGGUCUGGCCUAAUGUCUACAUUGGGGAUGAGGAGACCGCGAAAGACAAGUAUAUUCUGAGGAAGCUGGGUAUGACGCACAUCUUGAAUGCAGCAGAGGGGACGUGGAACAGCGUGGACACCGGGGCUGAUUACUACAGUGACAUGGACAUCGUCUACUAUGGCGUGGUGGCAGAGGAUGUUCCCACCUUUGACCUCAGCCAGUACUUCUUCUCUGCGGCUCAAUUCAUCGAUGCAACACUAAGCAACCCUCAGAAUAAACUCUUGGUGCACUGUGUCAUGGGAAGGAGCCGGUCUGCCACGCUUUUCCUGGCCUACCUAAUGAUCUGCAAGAACAUGACGGUGGUCGAAGCCAUCGAGCAUGUGAAAAAACGCAGACGGAUCAUCCCCAACUGGGGCUUCCUGAAACAGCUAAGAGAGCUAGACACACAUCUUGUGGACAAAAGGAGCAGCAACUCUGUACAGGUACAAAGGCUACAAAAGAGCAAUAUAAACAAAAACACAAGUACAAGUUGCGUUUUACAUGCAAUCCAUUAGCUUAGUUUG